CUGUCACCCCAAUCCACAGUUCCAUUCCCUUUCAAUCACUCAACCCAUAACUAUUCUAAAGCUACAAAAUUGACUCUUUUAACAACCCCUCAGGCUCUACAAAGUAGACACCCUUUCCCCAGUAGUCUUACUGAGCAUUUUCCCCGGAAAGUUAGAGAGAAAAUGGAGGAAGAAGAUGUGAGGGUAGGAGCCAACAAGUACAGAGGAAGGCAAGCGAUUGGAACGGCAGCUCAGAGCCAAGAUGGAAGAGACUACAGAGAGCCACCUGCUGCGCCGUUGUUUGAAGUUGGUGAGCUAUCUUCAUGGUCUUUCUACAGAGCAGGCAUUGCAGAGUUUGUGGCCAGUUUCUUGUUCCUCUACGUCACCGUUUUGACUAUCAUUGGGGUGGCUAAAUCUUCCUCUAGGUGCUCCACUGUUGGCACUCAAGGCAUUGCUUGGGCUUUUGGGGGCAUGAUCUUUGCUCUUGUCUACUCCACUGCUGGUAUCUCAGGAGGGCACAUAAACCCAGCAGUAACAUUUGGGCUGUUUCUAGCAAGGAAGGUGUCACUGACAAGGACAUUGAUGUACAUAACAAUGCAGUGCUUGGGUGCCAUAGCCGGAGCCGCUGUGGUUAAGUCCUUCCAGCCACAUACCUUUGAGAGACUAGGUGGUGCCGCCAACACUCUCACUUCUGGCUACUCUAAAACCGCAGGCCUUGAAGCUGAGAUCCUUGGCACAUUCGUUCUUGUUUAUACUGUCUUCUCUGCUACUGAUGCCAAGCGAAACGCCAGAGACUCCCAUGUUCCUGUUUUGGCUCCACUGCCUAUAGGGUUUGCUGUGUUUGUGGUGCAUUUGGCUACCAUUCCUGUGACAGGCACAGGUAUUAACCCAGCUAGAAGUCUUGGUGCUGCUCUUAUCUUCAACAAGCACCAAGCUUGGCAUGAUCAUUGGAUCUUCUGGGUUGGGCCUCUGCUAGGGGCAGCUCUUGCAGCACUGUACCACCAGAUAGUGAUAAGGGCGAUCCCUUUUAAGUCAAACUGAUGCAUCAUGCAAGCAAUAUCCAUAACCAUAACUUCUUUCUGCAGUGUGAAGUUCUUUUGAUUUCUGUUAUAUGUCUUCUACUGUACUGCGUACUGGGUUUCAUUCUCUGUUUUAACAUCUUGCCUCCACUUAGUAGUAAUGGUGGGGAUAUAACUGCUUCUGCCAUGUAAUUAUAUAAGCUUGUCCCAUUGAAUAAUAAUCUUCAGAUGAUGAUAUGUGCAUUAUCUGUUUGCAUUGGAACUUAAUGAUUCUUUUGAUUGAAUUGCCUA